AUAAAUAGUGAGGUGGGGACAGUGGGCUCCUGGAGUCAGGAUAUGUAUGAUCCGUGUGGAUGCAGUGGGGAGUCAGAAGCCCAUCCUGAGGUCUAACCCCAUCUCUCCUCCUCCAGUCCCUCCCUCAUCCUGCAGCAUGGCCCCACUGUUCCUGCCCCUCCUGGCAACCCUGGUUCUGGCCUGGAUCCCUGCGGCCUUGGCUGAUGCUCUGGAAGGAGACAGCUCAGAGGACAGGGCCUUCCGCGUGCGCAUCGCGGGCGACGCGCCGCUGCAGGGCGUGCUGGGCGGCGCCCUCACCAUCCCAUGCCACGUUCACUACCUGCGGCCGUCGCCGAGCCGCCGGGCCGCGCAGGGCUCCCCGCGGGUUAAGUGGACCUUCCUGUCCGGCGGCCGGGAGGCCGAGGUGCUAGUGGCGCGGGGCCUACGCGUCAAGGUGAGCGAGGCCUACCGGUUCCGCGUGGCACUGCCUGCCUACCCGGCGUCACUCACCGAUGUCUCCCUGGUGCUGAGCGAGCUGCGGCCCAACGACUCAGGCAUUUACCGCUGCGAGGUCCAGCACGGCAUCGACGACAGCAGCGACGCUGUGGAGGUCAAGGUCAAAGGCGUCGUCUUUCUCUACCGGGAGGGCUCCGCCCGCUACGCUUUCUCCUUCGCUGGGGCCCAGGAGGCCUGUGCCCGCAUCGGAGCCCGAAUCGCCACUCCGGAGCAGCUCUAUGCCGCCUACCUCGGGGGCUAUGAACAGUGUGACGCUGGCUGGCUGUCCGACCAGACCGUGAGGUGUGCGGGGGCUGUCGACCAGGAACUUCUAGUUGUUUCUGAGGCGGCUGUGGCUUCUGAUGACCUCUAUGAUGUUUACUGUUAUGCUGAAGAACUAAAUGGAGAGCUGUUCCUGGGCGCCCCCCCAGACAAGCUGACCCUGGAGGAGGCGCGGACAUACUGCCAGGAGCGGGGUGCUAAGAUUGCAACCACCGGCCAGCUGUAUGCAGCCUGGGAUGGUGGCCUGGACCGCUGCAGCCCUGGCUGGCUGGCUGAUGGCAGUGUGCGCUACCCCAUCGUCACCCCCAGCCAGCGCUGUGGUGGGGGCCUCCCUGGUGUCAAGACUCUCUUCCUCUUCCCCAACCAGACCGGCUUCCCCAACAAGCACAGCCGAUUCAACGUCUACUGCUUCCGAGACCCUGCCCAGCCUUCUGCCAUCCCUGAGGCCACCAACCCAGCCUCUGACCUGGCCUCUGACGCCCUGGAAGCCAUUGUCACAGUGACGGAGACCCUGGAGGAAUUGAAGCUGCCCCAGGAAGCUGUGGAAAGCGAGUCCCGAGGAGCCAUCUACUCCAUGCCCAUUAUAGAGGACGGAGGUGAUGGAAGCUUCACUCCAGAAGACCCAGCCGAGGCCCCUAGAACCCUCCUGGAAUUCGAAACCCAAUCCAUUGUGCCUCCGCUGGGGUCCUCAGAAGAGGAAGGCAAGGUGUUGGAGCAAGAAGAGAAAUACAGGGGUGAAGAAGAGAAAGAAGAGGAAGAGGACGAGGUGGAGGAUGAGGCCCUGUGGGCCUGGCCCAGUGAGCUCAGCAGCCUGGACCCAGAGGCCCCUCUCCCCACUGAGCCGGCUCCAGAGGAGUCACUCACCCAGGCAUCCCCUCCAGUGAGGGCUGCCCUGCAGCCUGGUGCAUCAACACCCCCGUAUGACGAGCCAGAGGCUCCCAGGCCUCCAAGGGUCCUUGGACCACCCACCAAGACCCUGCCCACUCCUAGGGAGGGGAACCUGGCAUCCCCCCCACCUUCCACUCCAGUCGGGGCAAGAGAGAUAGAGGAGGAGACUGGGGGUCCUGAGCUCUCUGGGGCCCCUCGAGGAGAGAGUGAGGAGACAGGAAGCUCCGAGGAUGCCCCUUCCCUGCUUCCAGCGACACGGGCCCCUGGGGAUACCAGGGACCUGGAGACCCCCUCUGAAGAGAAUUCCAGAAGAACUGUCCCAGCAGGGACUUCAGUGCGUGCCCAGCCGGUGCUGCCCACUGACAGCGCCAGCCGUGGUGGAGUGGCCGUGGCCCCCUCAUCAGGUGACUGUGUCCCCAGCCCCUGCCACAAUGGCGGGACGUGCUUGGAGGAGGAGGAGGGGGUCCGCUGCCUGUGUUUGCCUGGCUAUGGGGGGGACCUGUGCGAUGUUGGCCUCCACUUCUGCAGCCCGGGUUGGGACGCCUUCCAGGGCGCCUGCUACAAGCACUUUUCUACCCGAAGGAGCUGGGAGGAGGCAGAGAACAAGUGCCGGAUGUACGGCGCGCACCUCGCCAGCAUCAGCACGCCGGAGGAACAGGACUUCAUCAACAAUCGAUACCGGGAGUACCAGUGGAUCGGGCUCAAUGACAGGACCAUCGAAGGGGAUUUCCUGUGGUCAGAUGGCGUCCCCCUGCUCUAUGAGAACUGGAACCCUGGGCAGCCAGACAGCUACUUCCUGUCCGGAGAGAACUGCGUGGUUAUGGUGUGGCACGAUCAGGGACAAUGGAGUGAUGUUCCCUGCAACUACCACCUGUCCUACACCUGCAAGAUGGGGCUGGUGUCCUGCGGGCCCCCACCAGAGCUGCCCCUGGCUGAAGUAUUUGGCCGCCCACGGCUGCGCUAUGAAGUCGACACAGUGCUUCGUUACCGCUGCCGGGAGGGGCUGACCCAGCGCAACCUACCACUGAUCCGCUGCCAGGAGGAUGGUCGCUGGGCACCCCCCCAGAUCUCCUGUGUGCCCCGCAGGCCUGCUCGAGCUCUGCGCCCAAUAGAGGCCCCAGGAGGACGUCAGAGGAGGCUCGUGGGGCACUGGAAGGCACGGCUGAACCCCUCUCCCGAUCCUGCUCCAGGUCCCUAAGGAGCAAGGCCCCGGCGGCACUGCCCUCUGCCACCAGCCCACCAAGACCCGUGCUCUUCCCCUGGGGGGUGACAGCCGAGAGGGGCGGAGCUGCACUCCAAGCGGCAGUGCCUGCAGGGGCUUCUGGGAAAUACUGGGUUGGCCAACAAUUCGUUUGGCUUUUUCGGUGACAUCAAUAUUGGGGCAUCUCCAGUCCUGCCUUAGGCCUGCUCACUCCUAUUCUGGGCCUCAGGUUUUUCCCUCAGGGCCUUGAGUGGGCCUCUAAGUGCCUCAGCUGCCCGCUCCUUGCCAGCCAUCCUGUCCCGUCCAUUCCCCUGGAGGCCCCAGUGCCCACUCAUUCUCAGUUUCCCAAGAGAAUGGGUUUGCAGGAUGGGGUACCUGUAAAACAAACAGAAAAUAAAGCUGCAUUUGAGCCCAA